UAUAAAAUUGUUAUGAAUUUGUUGGUUUGGUCAAUUAUUGUUAGCUUUUAUAAUAUGUUUUCAAUCAAAUUCAUACCAAAGUUUAUUUUAUGGAUAAUGAAUAUCAAUAAAGAACAUAAAAAAUUAGUGGAUGAAAUAUCAGUUUUAAAAAAGGAACAAUCUACAAUUUCAAUUGUUAAGGAGUUUGCUAAACAUACAAAAUUACAACGAAGAAUCAACAAGUUGAAAGAAGAAUUAAAAAUUCAUAUAAAAGAAAAUUCAUCUAAAAAUUUAAAAAUCAAAUUAAUUUGUAAAGUGUCUUUGUAUGCUUUCUCUGUAAUUUUAAAUCUUCUAUUUGUGUAUUACAACUAUCAUAAAACUGUCUUAAGAGAACUUCCAACUAAUUGGUUUUUACCAUUAUCUUGGUUAGUUAGAUGGCCUUCCUCUCAAGUCGGUACAAUGAGUUUUGUAUUUUGGUAUAGUAUCACUAAUUGUGUUGCCAAGGUGACAACUAAUAAUAUAUUUUGAUGAAAAAAUAAUUGAAAUUAUUGCUAAGUGAUGACUGAUUCUGUGUAAAUUAAGCAUGUGAAUUUACGAGAACAUUCUAUUUUGCAAAAUUAUAUUAAUAACAAAAUCAUUAAAGUUUUAUAAUUUGUUUGUCAGUUAUUAUAAUUUGAUA